AUGAACCUCACCAUUAAUGCUCCUCUCAAAGACACAAUGACCACCAGGCACUCUAAGGUCGGAGAUGACCUCUCCUGCCCAUUAUGCGGGAAGAUUUUUCAAGAGCCUGUGGUGCUUUUCUGCAAACAUAGAUUCUGUAGACCCUGCCUGGAGAAAAGCUGGGGUGGAGGUGGAGAAUCCUGCGAAUGUCCACUCUGCUGCCAGCCUUCAUCCAUGGGGGAACUCAUAGUGAACACAAUGCUCAAGAAAACCUGUGAAGGUUAUCUGAAAGAACAGCGCAAGAGUAACCCCUUUGCCUGCAAGGAACAUGGUGAAUCUCUGACCUUAUUCUGUCUGGAAGAUCUACAGCCUACAUGUGUUGAGUGCAAAGAUUCAGGAAACCACAAAGGGCACAGAUUAUACUGUUUGGAAGAGGCUUCGCAAGAUUGUAAGGCUGAACUGAAGACUGCUUUAAAGCCACUGCAGGACAAGCUGAAGUUCUCCAGGAAUGUUAAAUCCACGUUUGAUCUAACAGCAGAACACAUCAAGAGACAGGCUGAACACGCAGAGAGGCAGAUCAGAGAGGAGUUUGAAGCACUGCACCAGUUCCUUCGAGAAGAAGAAGCUGCCAAACUCUCUGAACUGAAGAAAGAGGAGACGGAGAAGAGUGAGACCAUAAUGGUAAAGAUUGAAGAGAUGGAAAAUGAAAUCACAUCCCUCACAAACACCAUCAGGUAUAUCGAAAAGGAGAUGAGCUCUCAGGAUAUCCCUUUCCUCCAGAAUUACAAGGAAACCAUAAAGAGAACUUGGCAGAUACCCCAGGAACCACAGAUGAUAUCAGGGUCUUUGGUUGACAUAUCCAAACAUUUAGGCUCUUUAAAAUUUAACAUCUGGGAGAAGAUGAAGAAUAUCAUCCAGUAUACUCCUGUGACUUUGGACCCGAACACAGCAGCAAGCUGUUUCCAGCUGUCAGAGGACCUAACAACACUUCAGUGCUGCUCCCAGAUCUUCAAGCUCCCAGACAAUCCAGAGCGCUUCGAUGUCAGUGCAGAGAUGCUGGGAGCUGAGGGCUUUCGCUCGGGCAAACACAGCUGGGAUGUGGAAGUCAAAAACAACACCUACUGGGUGAUUGGAGUAGCCAGUGAAUCGGUGAAGAGGAAAGGCAAGAACAUACUGACGCCCGCAGAGGGGUUCUGGACUAUUCGCUUGCGGAACGGUGAGUACAAGGCUUGCUCGGCACCGUGGUCAUCGCUAACCAUGAGCAGUCAGCCGGACGUGGUGAGGGUGGUGCUGGAUAUGGACAGGUCGAAGGUGACGUUCUAUGAUCCGAGAGAGAGGACGCCACUCUACACGUUCACAGACAUCAUCUCACCACGAGUGUUUCCUUACUUCUGCAGUGCCUGUAAGGAGCAUCCGCUCAAAGUACUCCCAAUGAGUGUGUACGUUAAAGUGGGUCACUAGUCCUCACU